CUUCACGGGGCUGCAUUUACAUCUCAAAUCUGGAAGACAUUGGGAACAUUACAAUUGGUGGCUGCAUUUGGUCAGUUAGCAAUCGCCAUUGACCUUCCAGGGUGGGGCCACAGCACAAACAGUCGACUGACAUCAGAAGAAUCUCGAAAAAACUUUCUCACCCUCCUGUUUAAUGAAUUAAACAUCACAAAACCGAUCCUCAUCACCCCAUCUAUGAGUGGGGUAUAUUCCAUGCCCUUCAUUAUGGAGCCACAAUCUGAAACAUGCAAGGAGAGAAUCAAUGGACUAAUUGCUCUUGCUCCGACUGCCACCAAUGUCUACAGCCAUGCUCAGUUUCACAGAUGCGAUGCAAAAACGUACAUUGUGAUUGGCGAAAAUGACAAAAACAUAGGCCUAUUUGCCCUGGCUAACUUGAAAAAUAUGCCAAAUCGUAAAAUUUUCAUCAUGAGAAAUUCAUCUCAUGCCUGCUACAAAGAUCAACCGACAUUUUGGAACGAAAUAAUUUAUCAUUACAACAAAGAAAUAAUUAAACGAGUGGAUGACAGUUCACACUUUUGA